AUGCCCUUCCAGAAGAUCUACGUCAUCAACGCGCCGCAGCUGAUCCAAGCGGUACAGAACAAGACGAAUCUUACCACGUUUGUACCGACGCUGCUCGACUUCGGUAUGCUCUUCAGUGGGUUGAAAACGAGGUCUAAGCAGACUCUCACAAAAGCAUUUGGCGUUCACGGUAACGGCUUCACUAAGAGCGUGCACAAGUACCUGGCCUCUGGAUCAGACUUACAGGCCGCUACGCGCACGGCGGUAGAAAAGCUCACUGCGAGCACUCGCAACAUCCCCGCCACCCAAGAUCAAGUGGGGCUUUACGAGACGUUGCGACACCAGCUCUGCCUGGCGCUCACAGGUGCUAUCUAUGGAGCCGAGAAUCCCUACGAUGACCCUGCUGUCGAGACGAGUUGGCUAGAUUUCGUACCCGGCAUCAGCCAUCUUCUAUACAGCCCCUUCCCGUCCCUCACAGCGCGCAAAUCUCUCAAAGCACGCGCCCGCGUCAUCAAAGCGUUCCAGAAUUACUUCGAGACUGGUGGCCAUACGCAAGCCUUCGCGAUGAUCCCUGAGAUGUUCAAUACCCACCUAAACCACGGUCUGUCAACAGCGGAAGCAGCCAAGCUAGAGAUGGCUACAUCACUCGCUAUGCUCAGUAGCGGUGCAAUAUGUGCGUUCUGGCUCAUGUUCCACAUCAUCUCCGACCCCGAUGCUCUCCGCGAAUGUCGCCGAGAGCUCCUUAACCUCGUUGUCAAUGAGGUUGUUACUUCGACCGGCAAGGCAAAGGUACUGGAUCUAAGCAGCGUGAAGACACAAUGUCCCAUUUUGAUGGCAAUGUGGCAUGAGACACUGCGGUACCACAGCACGGUCAUCAACAUCAAGAAAGUACAACACGACACUACACUCGCAUCUCGAUACUACCUCAAGAAGGGCGCGAUCGUGAUGAUCCCAGGUACUGCAAUACAUCACGAUACCGACACAUGGGGUUCAAGUGCUUCAACCUUCGACCAUACGCGCUUCUUCACUGCUGAGGGUCGCAUGAAGUUAUCCAACACUACCGCAUUCCGACCUUUCGGCGCUGGUACAACUAUGUGUCCAGGAAGGCACUUUUCUACGAGCGCGAUACUGUCACUAGUAGCGAUGAUCCUGCUACAGUUCGAUAUCGAGCCUGUCGAGGGUCAGUGGCAGAUGCCUACAAAGAAGAAUGCAGACAUGUGGAACGCGAUGCCUAAGCCAGACCACGACGUGCCGGUGAGGGUAUGCCAAAGAUGCGAAAAUAAUCUAUCUGGAACAGAAUGGAAAUUUGUAUGGGGAGCUACAGCCGAAGAGAAUGAAUAG